AAUAAACUCAAAAAAAUGUCCAUCAUCGGAAGCAGGCCCAACUCCCUCACCGUCUACAGAGCCAGUGAAAACAACGCUGUCCUCCACAAGAACAUGUACCAUCUCCGGGAUAACUCUGGCAACAGAACCUUCACCCAAAUCCAGCCGAGGAAGGUCAGCCCCAGAAGGUUCGGGGUCGACCCCUUUACUAGAAGGGGCAAGCAGCAGGUCGCAGAGAGGAUCAUGAACAUGAGGUUUCCUGAUAUUUCGAAGUAUGAUGGGAAGGUGAAGGGGGCCAAGGUGGUGGGGGAGGAGAGGAAGAGGUCUAUUAGGUUGGAGAGAGGGGUUGAGAGUGGGAGUGGAGGGGAUGAGGAGAGGAAGAGGGGACAGCAGAGGAUGCAGGGGGAGGAUGUGAAUGUGUCAGUGCAGAAGAAGAGGAUGAAUGAUUUAAGCCAAGCUAACGACGGAAAAUCACAAAGAAAUCCAAAAUCCCACCAUACAGUAUCUCAGAUCCGCUCCGAUCAUAUAUUCUCACCAGUAAACCCUAACCAAGCAAGAAAAAUGAUCGAAAGAAAUGUAUUCUUAAAUAAUACUAAGGACAUAAACUUCGAUCUACCCGAGAAGAACCCUUCUGAAUCCGAUUUCUUCGACCAUGAUAGUAUUGACAAAGCUCCUAAGCUAAAAUUCGUUCCUAACAACAAAAACCCAAGCCACAUCAGAAAUGCUAGUGGCUACAUGAACUCUAAUAACAACUUUGAGACUUUUCUGAAGAGAAAUGACGAGGCGCCUCGAUUGGCGAUUCUGGAAAAUUAUAAGCAGAUUAGUAGGGUUAUGAGGAACACUUUUUUGAAGGCCAAGGAUUUGGAGCAGAGGUUUAAGAAUAAUGCACUUACAAGUGAAGAACUCAGGAAAAAGAAGGAAGAGGAAGAGAACACCAAGAAACUAACCAAAAUCCUGAAACAAAUGAAUUCCCCCAGAAAUGCAUUCUCAACAAUGGAAAAUAACCUUGGGGCUCUAUAA